AAGAGUGCGGACGUGUGCGUGGAUACCGGUCGCGGUUAGAUUUUUCGUUCGUGCGUCCCAACGGAAACGAACGUGCGCGGUGUGCGACUAGUUGCUUUUCGUUUGCUACUUAUACUGAAUUAAAAACACCGGGUCAUAAUACACGUGUCUCAUCGUCAUCAUCAUAGCGCCCGAGUACAGGAACGGAAAUGCGGUUUUUCAUGUGAUAUAUGACAGCAGCGACCAAGGUACCGGAACCAUCCACAGGAACGUGUCGCAGAUUGUAGUGCUUCCCGGAAGAAAGGGAGAGAGAGUGGAUAACCGCGGUCUGAGCAGGCGUGAAGCGUGAAGUGAGCGCAAAUUCGGUUGCCAGGGUUGCCCGUUGUGGUUACACGUGGAAGCUGUGGUGAAAAUAGUGAUAAUUCUUUGUUCAGGUAUUAAAGUGAUACUUCUAGCGCUUUGUUGCUGCUGCCGUGUCUUGAUGGUUCCACUGUGAAGCCCACAAGUGUGUCGCUACGGUUGGGUGUUUAGUGUGAGUCACAGAGUGUGUUGGUCAGUGGUUCGAUUUACGCGCGUUUCGAUUGACGUCCCAUUAACGUCCAGUAGUGGUGCUGCUUCACCAACCACGAUGGCAAGCCAACGGCGGACGAUGCAGAAGCUGGCGAAGGGUGCCGGCGUGGUGCCGGUCAACUUGUUGCUUUUGGUGUCGGUGUGUCUCAUCGGUGCCUUAUCGGGAGCCGGUAUGGUCAGUGCCAGUGCCAUUCCGGCGGCAUCCUUUCCGUCGAACGGGAACGGAAUUGCCAACAGUGCCUCGGCCGAUGUCGGCGGUCAUCAUCGCCGCCCGUCCUGCGUAGCUGUGCACCCGCUGCUGAAGCAGCGCGGCGUCGAUCCCAUCGACAUGCCCAUUGAUCCCAUUCCAGAUCUAAACCUCCGACACUGCGAGGUGCCACCGGGCGGUGGAACCUGCUGCACGCAGAUGACCGAGCACAAGCUCGCCCUGCACACUAAAACGAUGGUUGAGCGCAACAUCAAAGACAACAUCUCCAAGCUCUCGUCCGUGCUCGGCACCCGGGCUCAGCGUUUCAACGAAUUCUUCGAAGAGCUACUGGUUCAAUCCAAGCACGGGUUCCACGCCAUGUUUAAGCGCACGUACGGCACGAUCUACGAGCAAAAUUCGUACGUCUUCGCUGAUCUGUUUGCUGAGCUGGAGCGCUACUAUGCCCACGGCAAGGUGGACCUGUCCGAAACGAUGGAUCACUUCUUUAACAUACUCUUCCAGAAGAUGUUUACCGUGUUGAACGCACAGUACACGUUCGAUAACAAAUAUCUUGGCUGCGUUAGUGAGCACAUGAAGGAGCUAAAGCCGUUCGGAGACGUGCCCGACAUGCUGUCGCUACAGAUCAAGCGUUCGUUCAUCGCGACCCGCAAGUACGCGCAGGCGCUCGCAUCCGCAGCCGAGGCGGCUCGCAACAUGAUCAAUGUGCGUCUGUCGGCCGAAUGUACAGCAGCCCUGACCCGGAUGAGCACGUGCAAUGUGUGCGCCGGGCAGACCAAGAAACCGUGCGAAUCGUACUGCGUAAACGUGAUGAAGGGGUGCUUCCCGAGCUACGAAGAGAUCGGUACGGAAUGGGACACGUUCGUGAGCAAGAUGGAGCGCAUCGCGGAGCGGCUGCUCGGUCCGUUCAACAUCGUCAUGGUGGUACAGCCGAUCGAUGUCAAGAUCUCGGAAGCGAUCAUGAACUUCCAGGAAAACGGUAAGGAUAUUUCCGACCGCAUCUUCCAGGGCUGUGGGCAACCGGCACUGGGACGCAUGCGUCGCUCCGCCAGCAAACAAGUGGCGGACAGCUUUUCAACGAACGGGUUCGAAUCCCAGCCACGCUUAAUUACAACGAUGGGCCAACAGCAACUGCCGCUGGUGGAGGGUAUCGGCCGGCGGGCGAUUGCACUGCCAGCCCCCGAUUCGACCGAGUCGGCCGAUUCGCAGUUUACGUUCGAAGGCGAAGAGCAAGACGAGGACACUGCAGCGGACGCAUCGGACAAGCGUAUCAGCAAGCGGGCCGCCGGCACAAAUGCAGAUGGUGGUGAUUCGACUAGCCGCGAGCUGAAAUACGAACCGCUGCAGUUCUCGGACGGCGACGUACAGUUCACCAACAGCAACGGCCCACCGGUUAGUGGAUCGACCGGCAACAGUGCCGGCAGCGGUGACAGCAGUGCUGCUGGAGCACGGUCGAAUCGGCGCAAGCAAAAGGGCGGUCGGAAGCAGGCGAGCGAGCAGGACGAGCAGGACAUUCAGGAACCGAUGAUCGAUCGUAUGGUGCGGGACAUCCGCCAGAAGGUGAGCAACUCAAGGCGAUUCUGGACCCAGCUUCCCUACAUGCUGUGCAACAAUGAGGAGGUUGCCGAACCGCCCGCGAACGAUGCCAGCUGCUGGAACGGAACCACGGUUGAUCGCUACCAGCCUAAUAUUAUUUUGGGCGAAACGGACACCAAUCCGGAGUUCCCGAACAGGGUGUUCCAAGGGCGCCAGAGUACGAUCGUGCAGCAGCAGCUGUUCAUCCUGCGCACAGCCAUCAGCCACCUCAGCCAUGCGUACGUCGGCCACGCUGUAGAGUGGACCGAUCAAGAGGAUGGCUACUAUGGUAGCGGGUCCGGUCAGGGCAGCGGUAUCGAUUAUGAAGAAACGGCCGGAUCCGGCAUGGGUCUGUGGGAGAUCGAUGUGCGGAACGAGCGGCGACCGGGAGCGGACGACGUGUUCGUGCCACCCAAAAUCAGCUUCGACAGUCCGCGCGGUCCCAGCGGUGGCAUCUCCGAAAUCGGCCACGGCCCAACCACCAACGAUCUCGACUACACGGCAUCGGCCGGCGUGCCGAGCGUUGGCGGCAGUGGGGACGCUGCGGGUAGUGGUGGUGCAGGCGGCACUAGCACCGCCGGAAGCUCGCACACCACACCGGUGCUGUCGAUCGAGCGCGCGCUACUCCAAUUCUUCCUGCCCAUCGUAAUGGCGUGGUUUGGUGGGCUGUUUGCCGAAUUGCUGUGAUUUGUUUCUAAACACUCUCGAACCCCGUGGUGCAACUACUACUUCUGGCAAGCUGUGAAAAGGGGCGCUCGUGCGCGGUGGACUCGUCUCGGGUCCAUUUUCAUCUUUCCAUCCUGGGCAUCCCUGCAUUCUGCUGGGGAUGAUCUUAUACAUUCGGAUGUGAUUUUUUUCUUUCUUUCUAUGAAAUCGGCUCGGAAUGGCUCCCCCAUUGUGUACAUUAUGCGCAGUUGUACAUGAAUGCGUCUGCUAGUUGUAUUUAUUUUAUUACCUUUUGCGAGCGCCGUAAGCAAGGAUUUUAAGUUAGCAGUUUUGCUAGAAACACUUCAAUCGAACGCGCUACUUAGCAGUUGUUUUUUUUUUAAGUUUAUCCUCAUACCAUUCAACGAAGCGCACAUGCGAAGAGGGGGGCAUUCGAAAAUUGCGAACCAGAUCUGACUAACACAUAGUUACACAGAUAUAUUGGGUCCGCAUUCUGGCGUCCCUUAGCAGGCACCAUUCCACCAGCUUCGGCCCCGUGUUGCAAAGCAACAGAACGUACCAGAUGGGCGCUGUGGCUGUGCAUUUGAAAAGGUGUAUUUAUGCUUCUAUUUCAAUACUGCACACGAAUGCAUUUUGUUUUUUUUUAAUAGAAGCUAAUUUUGUUUACAUAUAUUGGACAACAUUAGCAUUAAUGAAACAGAACAAGAAGAAACAUUAAUGUGUCGGUCAGAUUCCAUUCUUUCCAACUUUGCAUUUACUGACCAUGAGAUUGAAAUUGAUUAGAUUUUGACAAGACAAACCCCAGAACAAACCACUUCCCAGAAAUCAGGAGACUUCCAAUCCCUGCCGGCAGAUAUCGAACCGAACCGGCAACAGCCGAAAUCGAUUUCAUUACUAAUAUGCGUUUAGGCCUUAUACAUUUUCCCAUCUCUAGUCAAAUUGAAUAGUUUAAAUGUUCCCCGCGAGAUGCUGUUUGCCGGUUUGUGUCGCCCUGCGCCAGCGCUCCUGGUUUCCUGGGUGGUGGUGGGAAUGUUCGAAUCAAGCGGUACCGAACGGUUCUCCUUUUGCGCGGUUCCCUGAACUGAUUGGUUUUAGUGUGCACAUUUACGCCUGCUUUCUGCUUGCUUACUGACGCUUCAUUGUGAUUAGUUAAUAUCAAAUUACUGUGUUUUUUUUAUCUAUGUACAUACGUAUCAUUAGAUGUACUAAAGUAUAAGUAGGUGAUAAAACCGUAGAUAGGACUGAGUAAGAAAUAACGGCAAACAAAUACAUAAACAAAAUAUCAUCUAACUAUUAGACACCAGGAGAAGGGCGCAAAUGGCAUACUUCUGCGAUAGAUAGGGCAUUGGCAGAUUGGUAAAUGCCAAACAAACGCAAUAACAAAAAAGUGGAACACUCCCAGCCCCAAAACGAUAUCGAAUAAUCUACACCAUCAGCUGCGAUCGACGGGCAAACGGUGAAAAAUUUGGCAAACGAAAUAUUUAUCAAUUAUGUUAUUUUAUGCUAUUUUAUUGUAACGGAUUAACACGUGCGCUGUACUGUUUUAUCAUUUAAAAAAAAAAAGUUGCACAAGCAAUGCUACAGUUUUCGUUCGCACAUUCGGUCCGUUUUGUAGAAAAUGUAAAAAGUAACCGAUCAAAACCGAGAAGAGCACAUGUUGAUACAGUAUCGACCUCAAUGCUGAUAAGUGAUUAGCUGUGAUUCCUUUUUGCCGGACCCGGAAUGCAGUUUGCUUAAGAUGGCCAGUGUCCCAUAGCAUCCAGCAGUAGUCUGCCAAUCUUUCACAUUAUCGAUGUUGUCCAGCUCAAGAAGAACCGAACCAGGAGGGCAGGUGGAAGAGUAUUAAAAACAAUAGGAAAACAAAUAUUUCUUUUUUAACAACAGCAACAAAAUUAAUUGGCAAAAAAGCAUCUACGCAUAGGUCGGUGCUUAGGAUCAGGAACGAUGAGCCAAGUGAAACAGUAAUUGUAAAUAGAAUUACAGUAAUAUAUACUUAUGCAUAUAGCGAUAUACAUGCUCCAGCAACUCACUGCGGUGGGAUAUAGACUCCACUAGAUGUAUCUGAACAGCAAUCGGUUUAGCACCCAGCCCGAGCACUCAUGUAAGUUGUAAAUCGAUAUGAAUGAGAUAAAUAUUGAGCAAAACCCAA